AUGUCUCGGCUUGGUUUAGUGCCGGUCUCCAUGAUUGUCCUAGCUGCUGCGACUUUUGUAGUAUCGUACAUCGUUGCCGUUGCCAGGGGAGACGUCAGGGCAGCUUUCCCCUAUAUCAGUGACACAGGCUCAAUACGUCCGGAGAGCUGUAUAUUCGGACAGUUCCUUAAUGUGGUCGCCUUCUUGGCUUUUUGUACAAUGUAUAUACGGUUCAAGGCCGUAGAAGCAAUAGCCCACAAUGCUCUGUAUGAUGACCGCAAGAUGUGCCGACUCAACAAGGUUGCCUUGGUUGUUGGGCUGGUCUCAGCCUUUGGGACGUCUGUGGUUGCCAAUUUUCAGGAAGGGACUAUAGUGGAAGUAGUUCACUUCAUUGGAGCGGCGCUGACCUUCAUUGCUGGGGUCCUCUACUGUUUUCUGCAGUCGGUGCUCUCCUACCACAUGUGCCCAAAUUACAACGGGCUUCGCAUCUGCAGGAUACGUUUGUCUAUUAGUCUGGUGGCUUUGAUGGGGCUGUUUGUCUCGAUAAGUGCAGCCAUUUUUGCCUUUAAGCAGUGGAACUCCACGGAACAUUCUCACAACAAAUUUCACUGGUCACCUGGCGAUCCAGGUUACUCAGCUCACCUGGUUAGCACCAUCGGGGAAUGGGUCACGGCCUUGACAUUCAUGUUCUUCUUCUUCACCUACGCAAGAGAGUUUGACAAAAUUGAGCUGGAGGUCGUGACACGCCCGCUGGUACAACACUUUGAUGAAAUUCCGGAACGAACACUGGAAAGGGAGGUUAAUGAGCGAACCAGGCUACUAGUCUAG